AUGACUAUCUUGGAGGCUAUAAUAGAGACCAUUAUCCAAGGAGACCCAAGUAGAAAAGUGGCAAUAGAUAAGUUUUUGAAUGAAAAGAACGAGGACUACGAGAAGGAUCAUAAAUCAGAAGUACCAUUAUUUGACAAGACGUUUGUCAAGUUCAGUGAAGCAGUGAUAGACUCUAGCGAUGGAGUACCACGUUGCUCUGUUUGUCACUGGGAAGUUCAUGGUGAUACGUGCGAGAACUGUGGGAGAACCAUUCUGAGGAAUCCAAGCUCCACGAGAAACAGUAACAUGAUUAUGGAUGAUGACGAUAUCUACUAUGAAGACUACGAUAUUGGCACUGUCAUUAUGAACAGGAUCAUGCAUAACAUUGGUGGAGUAAGACCUGGCGAUUUCUACGAUGACGAGGCAGCAGAAGAUGGGGAAGGCGAUGAAGAGGAUGCAGACUGGGAUCCAUCAGUCGGAGAUAUGGCUGGCUACGUGUAUGAUGAUCAAGUUGAGGCAGUAAGAACAGGGAGAAUCAGAAGAAGAAGUGAAGAGGAAGAGAAAGAAGAAGAGGAAGAAGAUGACAGUUUCGUCGAUCAUAGGCCAUUGAAUGAGAUAUUGAACGAUGAUGACGAAAAUAGUAGCACCGACAUUGAGGAUGAUGACGAGUAUAUGUACGUUGCUCGAUCGAGAGAAGGGGAAGACAAAGAGUCAGAUUCAGAUUCGAACAUUGAUGUGAAUAUCGAUUCCGAGGAGGAAUCACCCGCACAGCACAGACUGGAAAGGAUAUCCAGCGAUACAGAGGAAGAAGAUUUAGAUGAAAAUGAGACUCAGGAGCAGCCAGGACAUCUGGUUAAUUCCAUAUCGUGGGGUAUGGGACGUCACCCACCAGAACCGUUACACGAGAGUAGAAGAAUAGCAAGGUUGGUGGAACCAGAAGAGGUAGAGGAUCCUGAAGCGUUGGAAGAACCACAGGAACCGGAGACAAGCGGAAAUAAUCAUAAUGAUGAUGACACCGAAGAUGGGGAGUCAUUGAACUAUUCCGGCCGUCGUAGAUCGGAGAGAAUUGUAACUGAUACAGAGUCAGAGGAUGAAACUACAAGUCAUAAUAGGAGCACGUUGAGAGAAACACAGAGAAGCAGGCACAACGGGGACAUAAUAAAUGCUGGCAGGAGGAGAAAAAUAAGAAGAAGAAGAAGAAGACAAAGAAUUACCCAGUAG